AUGUGUUCAUACAUGAUCUUGAAAUCCAUCGUCAAACAUCUUCAACUUUGGGAGCAACUAGCAUAUACUGUCCUCGGCACUGCAGAGUACCAUCAAGUCAAACUGGCCAAAAAAAAUCCACCAACAUCAAAAUGCGAUGAGCAAAAGACAGGCUGCUUCCAGGAAAGAUUUUUCGAAUUUUGGAGCGUGACUGAGUAUGUACAUAUACAGCAAACGCUUGAAUCUAGGCAACGCGCUAUUAGAUGCUGCGCUGGAAAUCAGGUUCAAUAUAUGACUCACUUGUCAUCCAACCUCGGAAGCCUUAAUGGCUGUCCACGCACACCAUGCGGCGAUGCAGAUCUUCUCUCUCUGUUCGCACAACUCUAUCGGGUUCGCGGCAGCGCCAACGUGAUAGAAGAUUUAUCCGACCCAGAGGUAGUCGUUCAGCUUUUCCUGUAUGCUCGCGAGUGGGACGAAUUCGAUUACGAAAACCUGUUCCACUUCACUCUUUGCCUUGGCAACUUGCACGCUCAUAAACAUGAUUUGAUAGAGAAUACUCCGUUUUGGGCUAAAAUCUGGCGCGCCAAGUACGAUAACAAGAUACGAUGGCUUCCGUGGACCAAGAAGUCGUUCAUAGAUUGGCCCAACGGCGGCAUCGACAAGUACGGCAUCACUCAGGAAACCAUGGCCGAGUACUACGAUCGCAUUAUGGACAAGCAUUCGACCCCCGUGCUUUCAAAGUUCCACGACCAGCGACUCUACGAGGUCCUCGGUGUGCCGGAGAUUCCUGCUAUACCAGUCGAUCCUAUUGUUUGGCAUCCUAAGACUGAUACUCUCUUUUAUGGCUUUGAAUAUAUAUUUAUAUUCAAUUGA